AUGGAGGAGGUCAAUUACUUUGGCUACGCAGAACGUGAGGCAUAUCCAUACCUACGGGAUAUUGUCAACGAAGCGAUUGAGAACAAAGAAAGUCUUUUCCUUUCCCACUUUACUAGUACAACUCAGCAUCCGUGGUCCACGCCCGCCGAUUUCCAUGACGAACAGUACUUCUCAUCGGACGGCCUGAUGAGCAAGCACGAGGAUAUGAACAAUUACCUCAACCCAAUUCGCUACGUCGACGGCUGGCUUGGAGAUAUUUUAAAAGUCCUAGAUGACACCGGGAUUGCCAAUGAGACACUGGUAGUCUUUGUCGGAGACCACGGCCAAGCCUUCAACGAAGAUUCACCUGUAUCAGAAACGUACGAGAAUGGACACAUCAGCAACUUCCGAAUUCCCCUCGUCUUUCGACAUCCACUCCUCCCUAAGAUCCAGAUCACCGCUAACGCCACCUCCAUGUCCGUCGUCCCAAUGAUUCUAGAUCUGCUAGUACAAACCGGAUCUCUCAACGACAAAGACUCGACAGCCACACUGGACCUCCUGAACGAAUACGAAGGGCAAUCUCUGAUCCGCCCAUACGAAGCUACGCACAAUGGUCGACAGGCAUGGAUUUUCGGAAUCAUCAACGCUGGCGGCACGAUGCUUAGCGUCGGGUCCGCAGCAGUGCCUUAUCGAUUAAUCCUACCAUUAACGGAGGAUUUUGAAUUUCUAUUCACCAAUCUAAAUUCGGAUCCCGAGGAACUAUGCCCGUUACGCGGAUGGUCCGCUGAAGAGCUCAUCCCGCGUGUGAGAAGUGGACACGGCGAAAAAGCUGCGCAGUGA